AUGCAGCCGCCGCAUUUGCAAGGCACUGCCUUGCCUGGAGUCCCUGCAGUCACUGCAGCAGCAGCAGCAGUUGCUGCAGCAGCAGCAACGAACGCAGCAGCAGCAGCUUUCCCCCAGGCCUCGCUCCCCGCUGUCGGCUUGCCUGUCAAUACUCUUGGCCCCCAAAUGCAGCCGCAGUUGCAGCAGCCCCAGGCGAUGCAGCAGCUGCAGCAGCUGCAGCAAAUGCAGCACAUGCAGCGCAUGAUGCAGGCAGCCCAGUACGCAGCAAUGGUGCCUCCAGGGGUGCCCAUACAGCCCGACGUGCGGCAGCAGGUGGCUGUGGACCCGACGCACUGCGCAGUGCAGAGUCUGACGGCGGAGGAGGCGGCGUCGAUGGGAAGCGUGAUGGCCUCUGGCCGGUCAGAAAAGAAAAAAGUUCAUCUCCGGAAGGCCGCGGGCCACAUUUGGAGCGACCCCACGCUGGACGAGUGGACCGAGAACGACCACAGAGUGUUCUGCGGGGACUUGGGAAACGAAGUGACAGAUGAAGUCCUCGCGAGUGCAUUUCGAAAGUACAAGUCCUUCGACAAGGCCCGCGUGGUUCGAGACAAGAGAACGGGAAAGACCAAAGGCUACGGGUUUGUGUCCUUCACGGAUCCGAACGACAUGCUGAAGGCGCUGAAGGAGAUGAACUACAAAUACGUCGGCAACAGACCCAUUCGCGUGCUGCGCAGCAAGUGGAAGGAGAGGGAAAUCGACUCGCAGAAGAACAAACAACUUGCAUCCAUUGUUGCGAAAGUGGAAAAGAAUGACUCAAAGACGCUUCGCAAGUUCAAAAAGCUCGGCGUCAACAUCAACGGAGGCAAAGCCGCGAGGAACCACGAGAUCUUGGCCAGCCAGGCGCCGAAGAUCAGGAAGAACUACGUGCCGCCCGUGGCCUACGGCCGCAUGACUUACCAGUACAUCAAGGGCGCUGCCCCCGCCCUGCCGGCUCCAGCGCCGGGCACAGGAGCUUCUUCGCACUUGCUCGACGACAUUUGA